ACGACACGAUGCCCAAGCAAUUCCCAAAGCCAGUCAUGCGUACUCCUCUAGGGUUCAAAUAAGAGAGGUUGGAUGAGUAUCGCUCCGGCUCGUAGCUCCCUUCGCCGCCAAACCUCCUGUUCUCCUCUCGCAGAACACUCGGUUUGAGGAGGGAAGAGAAAUUCGUCCGAACAAUGAGCAAGUUACAAAGUGAUGUUCUGAGAGAAGCAAUCUCCCAGGUUGUUGGUGAUUCUCGGGAAAAGAAACGCAAAUUCACUGAAACAGUAGAGUUGCAAAUUGGGCUGAAAAAUUAUGACCCUCAAAAAGACAAGAGAUUCAGUGGGUCUGUGAAGUUACCUCACAUUCCUCGCCCCAAAAUGAAGGUUUGCAUGCUUGGGGAUGCUCAACAUGUUGAGGAGGCUGAGAAGAUAGGACUCGACUACAUGGAUGUUGAAAGUUUAAAAAAGAUGAACAAAAAUAAGAAGUUGGUUAAAAAACUCGCUAAGAAGUACCACGCUUUCCUAGCAUCAGAAGCUAUCAUCAAACAGAUUCCUCGUCUCCUUGGACCUGGUCUUAACAAGGCAGGGAAGUUCCCCACGUUGGUUACUCACCAGGAAUCUUUGGAGGCAAAAGUUAAUGAGACAAAAGCAAUGGUGAAAUUUCAACUUAAGAAGGUUCUUUGCAUGGGUGUUGCAGUGGGUAACUGUGCUAUGGAGGAGAAGCAGAUCUUUCAGAAUGUUCAACUCAGCGUCAAUUUUCUUGUGUCUUUGCUGAAGAAGAACUGGCAAAAUGUCAGGUGCUUGUACUUGAAGAGCACCAUGGGGAAGCCAUACCGAGUAUUCUAGUUGGCUCCUUGCUCAGCAAGGCCGGGCUGUGGCGUUUUCUCCUCCAAACUCCGUAAGCUGGCUUUUACAGUAUCCUCUGCUAUCAUCAUUUUGGAGAACUCCUCAUGGUUAUACUGCACUUGGUUCCUCCCGCCAAAUUCCACAGGUAACACGUCAAGGUCGAAGUGCUUGCGCAGGAGCUCCAUGCUCUCUUUGUUCUUGGGGUAAAUGAACUUCGCCUUUAGAAAGGUUUUGGAAUCCAGGAAAUAUUUCACCACCUGCC